AUGUCCUGCAACCGCUCCGCGGAGCCCUUUGAGCACCUGCUGCCCAACGGCAGCCACGCGUGGGCGGCGGCGGCGGCGGCGCCCCUCCGCGGCUGCCUGGCGGGCGUCCUGGUGCUGAUGAUCGCCGUGGGCUUCCUGGGCAACUCGGUGGUCUGCGUCAUCGUGUACCAGCGGCCGGCCAUGCGCUCCGCCAUCAACCUGCUGCUGGCCACGCUGGCCUUCUCCGACAUCAUGCUGUCGCUGUGCUGCAUGCCCUUCGCGGCCGCCACGCUGGUCACCGUGCGCUGGCGCUUCGGCGACUCCUUCUGCCGCCUGUCGGCGGCGCUCUACUGGCUCUUCGUGCUGGAGGGCGUGGCGGCGCUGCUCAUCAUCAGCGUGGACCGCUUCCUGCUCAUCGCGCAGCGCCAGGACCGCCUCACGCCGCGCCGCGCCAAGGCCGUCAUCGCCGCGUCCUGGGCGCUGUCCCUGUGCGUGUCGGCGCCCGCGCUGGCCGGCCGGCCGCCCGUGGAGGUGCCGGCGCGCGCGCCGCAGUGCGUGCUGGGCUACACCGAGCUGCCCGCCGGCCGCGCCUACGCCGUGACGCUGGUGGUGGCCGCCUUCUUCGCGCCCUGCGGCGUCAUGCUGGCCGCCUACCUGGGCAUCCUGCGCGCCGUGCGCCGCAGCGCCGUCCGCGUGCGCAACCAGUCCGACAGCCUGGACCUGCGGCAGCUCGCCCGGGCGCGGGCCGGCCUGCGGCGCCGGCAGCAGCAGGUCAGCCUGGACCUGAGCUUCAAGACCAAGGCCUUCACCACCAUCCUCAUCCUCUUCGUGGGCUUCUCCCUGUGCUGGCUGCCGCACGCCGUCUACAGCCUCCUGUCCGUGUUCAGCCGGCGCUUCUACUGCAGCCCGUCCUUCUACACCACCAGCUCCUGCGUGCUGUGGCUCGGCUACCUCAAGUCUGUCUUCAACCCCAUCGUCUACUGCUGGAGGAUCAAGAAGUUCCGCGAGGCCUGCAUCGAGCUGCUGCCCCAGACCUUCCAAAUCCUCCCCCGGGUGCCCGAGCGGGUCCGAAGGCGCGUCCAGCCCAGCACCAUCUACACGUGCAGCGAAAACCAGUCGGCUGUCUAG